AUGGCUAAGCAGCACAAGAGGGGAUCCCCGCUGGACAAUGGCGAGCACGCCCAAAGCAGCAAGAAGCCGAGAGCGCAGGCCUCGCCCACCGCCGUGGUCAAGUGCGAGCUGCCAGAAGGAGGGCGAAGAAGAGAAGAGCAGCUAGAGGAAGGAGAAGUUGGCCAAGGCGGCGGUGCCGGGGCUGUGGUGGCGAUGGAAGUCAUUGAGGAGCCGCAGCUCAACAAUUUGAGGAUGGGACUCGCCUUGUUCCACUGCCGAGCUUGCCAGCUUCCCCUCGAACCUCCCACGUUCCAGGUGAGACCUGCCGAGGUGGACGCCUUCGUGCGCGACGCCAAGCUGCCAUGCCCGUUCCAGGAGCACGGGUGCGCGAGGUACGUCGUCUACUACCAGGCCAGCGAACACGAGCGCACGCGCCCGUGGGCUCCCUGCUACUGCCCGGGCUGCAACGCCUUCACCUCGCCGCCGAGGCUGCUCGAGCACUUCCGCGCAGGCCACCCGUCCUGGCCCGUUACCGACGUGAGCUACGGGAAGCCGUAA